AACAUUAAACCGCCAAAAAAACCAUCGAACAUCAGCAACGAUGUCACCGGCUCGAAUGGCUGACUGCGGCUGUGGCUACGGCAGCCCAGGGAAAUCAACCCGUAAUUCGGAGAAGAUAUCUGGAGCGUCACUCUUUCGAAUCGACAUGCAUACCCACAUCAUGCCUCCAACCCUCCCAGAUCUCUCCCCAUUCUCUCCUCCCGACUCACCGCGACCAUGGCUCCAAUUGAAACCAAGUCCCAAGGAUCCAGAAAAGGUCGAUAUGUAUGUGGGCGAUUCCUUUUUCCGAACAGUGGAACCGAAUUGCUUUUCUGGCGCUACGAGAUUGCGAGAAAUGGACGAAGCAGGAGUGGAUGUCCAAGUUCUCUCCACGAUCCCGAUUCUAUUCUUCUAUGACGAAGCCCCUGAACCAGUUACAAUCCUAGCGCAGUAUUUAAACAAUCAUAUCGCCUCCUUAUGCAGAGAGUAUCCCGGACGAUUCGUAGGUCUGGCUACCGUUCCGCUUCAGGAUGUAAAUGCGAGUGUGGAAGAGUUGAAAAGAGCGGCACGCGGGUUGAGGCUCGAAGGGGUAGAAAUCGGGACAACGAUUGGAGGCAAGAACCUCGAUGAUCCAUCUCUAGACCCGUUCUGGAGAGCAUGCGAGGAGCUGGAUUUCCCAGUCUUCGUACAUCCGCUUGGGUACUCGCUGCAGAAGGAGAAUCCGGAACGAUGGGGGAAGUAUUGGGCAAGUUGGCUGGUGGGAAUGCCGUCCGAGACGGCAUUGGCGAUCCUUAAUCUGACAUGUUCUGGGGUUCUGAACCGCUUCCCAAACCUCAAGUUCUGCUUUGCUCACGCAGGCGGCUCUUUCCCCUCCUUGCUUGGUAGAAUCGAACACGGUUAUGAGUGCCGUCCCGAUCUCGUCGCGCUCCACGCAGGUGGUAUCUCUCCGAAGCAUCAUCUGGCUUUUGGGAGCAACAUCUGGAUUGAUAGCUUAGUCCAUGAUCCUGAUUUAUUGGAGUAUAUCUGUAAGAAGAUUGGCAAGGAUAGAGUGUUGAUGGGGAGUGACUAUCCAUUCCCACUAGGGGAAGUACCUGUUGCCGGGCAGAUGUUGGCCGAGGAGGAAGAGCUUGACGGGUUUCUAAGUUGGGAUGAGAGGGCUAUGAUGUUGGCAGGGAGCACGAUCAAUUUUCUUGGUCUUGAGGACGCGUUUGGAGGUGUCUUCAUAGAGAGACUGGAAAAGUUUCGGAGGAUCAACGGACUGGAUAGGAAAGGGAAGAACGGAGUGGCCACACCACCGACGACCGGAAACCCUGGGUUUUCCACCUUGUCAUCUAGCUGAAUGCGGUCUGAUUUUGGUUCAUUUUGAGAAGUUUGAUGUGCAAUCGGGUGAUUUGUAAAAUCGACAUGAAGCAAUUUAUGGCGGGCCAAGUAUACAAUGAAGAACAAGCAUGAU